AUGAAAAAACUGACGGAGCACAUAGACGACCUGAAGCAUAGAAUCGCUGCUUGGGGAAAGCGGAUUCGGCGAUAUAGCGAGAGGUCGACACGGUUCAACCAGAAUUGUCUCUACCAGAGUGAUCAGAAGAGGCUCUAUAAAUUAUUGGAGCGACCAAUGAUAAGUGGAACGGGCCCAGUACCGAAUCAGGCCGACACGGUAGCAUUCUGGCGCAGCCUGUGGUUAGAGCCUGUAAACCACAACGAGGGCCCUUGGACGGAAGUUGUGGCGAGUCAGUUUGCGGGUAUUACGCCCAUGGACCCGUCAUCAUAA